UGUUAAAUGAAAAUUUUUCAGAUUGAAGAUGAUGUUUAAAGGAACCUUGCUUGGUUUGCUUCUAAUGGGAUGGACUAUAACCGCCAUUUUUCUACUCAGUUUUAAUUUGUUGCUGACUUUAUUCGGAAAAAGAUUUUUUGCUGCGUUUUUGUCUCAAUUUGUGGAUACCUACAACAGCGUAGCUGAACCCUUCAAGACAAAGCUGUUCAAGGAGUUAAACGAGAUCAAAACUGGAGAUAAGAUAAAGAUUCUUGAGAUUGGGGGAGGGUCCGGAGCCAACUUUAAAUAUUUCACUUCACCCUCAGAAGUAACUAUUGUAGAACCAAAUCCAAACUUUGUUCCCUACUUUGAGGAGAACAGGAAGAAGUACAAGUCUCUGAAGAUAAACGACAUGAAACAGGGGUAUGGAGAGGACCUAAAAGCUGCCGGUAUUGAAGAUGAAUCGUUUGAUGCUGUAAUCAUGACUCUAGUUCUCUGCUCAGUUCAAGACCAAGUCAAGUGUAUUAAGGAAAUCCAGAGAGUGUUGAAGCCUGGAGGUAAGUUCUUCUUCAUGGAACACGUGCUUGGAAACAACGGGGACAACGUCAGAUACAUCCAGGAGAUUGUCAUGCAGGGAGGGUUCUGGCCCUGCAUGUUUGAUGGAUGCUGCACUAACCGGGACACCUUUACAACUAUGGAGCAAACUGGUGGAUGGAGUAAGCUUGAUCAGACUAAAUAUGAACUCCCGGCUUCAAAAACUAAUAAGAUGUUUAACCUUACCAGGUCUGUUAUUCACCCUCAUUUGAUGGGAGUUGGGACAAAGUAAUUUAUCUUAAUCAUCCGGACAUCCGGACACAUCCAGAAAAAUCCGGAUAUCCGGAGAUCAGGGGAAGAGAGUUCCAAACAGUGAUUUGGGCCAAACCCGCCAUUCAGUUUUACUUGAUCUGAUACUGAUAUCAGUA